UCAUUCUUUUCACGAUUUGCUUAUGUGUCAGUUAAUGAUAAUUAUCUUUAUUAAAUAUCAGUUAUAUGAAAUAUUAAGUAGUUAUUAUUAAAGAAAAAUGCAUUUGUUUACGUUUGGAUUAAUUUUAAUUAUUGUGUCUCAGUUGAGUUUGAGUGGAGGCAGUCGACCAAAUGUAGUACUCAUUGUAGCGGAUGAUCUGGGUUGGGACGACGUGAGUUUUCACGGAUCAGAACAAGUGUUGACGCCAAAUAUAGAUUUGCUGGCGUACACAGGCGUGGCCCUGGAGCGGUAUUACAGCCACUGCAUAUGCACGCCCUCACGUUCAGCUCUGCUUUCGAGCAAGUUCGCCCAUGUUACAGGCAUGCAAGGUUAUCCUUUGACAAAUGGAGAGGAUCGUGGCUUACCCUUGACAUUGAAAAUAAUGCCACAGUAUUUUAGAGAUUUGGGUUACACAACUCGCCUAGUUGGAAAAUGGCAUGUGGGUCAUUCGCGUACAGAAUAUUUGCCAACAUCUCGAGGAUUUGAUAGCCACUUUGGACAUAGAGGAGGCUACAUUGAUUACUAUGAAUAUCUUUUGAUGGAGAAUUGGAGUAUUGGAGAAGUAUCUGGUUUGGAUUUAUAUAGAAACAUGACGCCGGCUUGGGACGAAAAGGGUUACGUAACAGACCUUUACAACGAAGAAGCCAAGUCAAUAAUAAAAUCACACGAUAUAGCGCAGCCUCUAUUCCUGAUGGUAGCGCACAAUGCACCCCAUUGCGCCAAUGAAGGGGCGCCCUUGCAAGCCCCCCCCGAAGACGUCCGCGCUAUGCGUCACGUGGAGUCCCCACAAAGAAGGAUCUACUCGGCUAUGGUUAAAAAACUGGAUGAUAGCGUAGGGGAUAUUGUUAAAGCCCUACAUGACAAAGGUAUUUUAGACAAUACGAUUAUAGCGUUUAUAUCAGAUAACGGUGGGAUAACAUCUGGAUCAUCUGUUAAUUACGCAUCCAAUUAUCCUUUAAGAGGCCUCAAGUUAACUCCAUUCGAAGGAGGCAUUCGAGUAAAUGGAUUGGUAUGGAGCAGGAAUUUAACCGGAGCGAAUCACCUAUGGAAAGGAUAUAUGCAUAUCGUUGAUUGGAUGCCUACUUUGUUACGGGCCGUUGGCUCGGAUUCACCAACAAACAUUGACGGUAUUGACCUCUGGGACAGUAUCAUAUCUAACAAGCCCUCCAAGCGAAAUGAUAUAUUCGAAAUCGAUGACUAUACCGGUUUCGCUUCUAUUAUACAUGGUGAUUUCAAAUUGGUAACAGGUACCGUAUUGACAAAUUAUAGCAAUCACCAAGGAAAAGAAUUUAGAGGGAUGAUAGGACACCCUCCGUCUUAUGCGGACGCAAUUAAAAGAAGUACAAUAUAUUCAGUGAUACGAGAUAUGGAUAUACCGUUUACGUUAAACAACACGAAUUUAAGAAACAACAUUAAAAUAGAUUGUCGUACAAAAGAAAUUUCUAAAAAUGAUAAUAUUUGCUAUCCAGACAACGGAAAAUAUUGCGUAUUCAACAUAAAGGAGGAUCCUUGCGAGACACAAGACUUAUCGACCACUCACCCAGAUGUCGCCAAGGAAUUGUAUUCGCGUUUACAAGUUGAAAUUAAAAGAACGAUUCGAAGGAGAGUCCCCCUCCACAGGGAUUUAAGAGCUGCGCCGAGCUUACAUAAUUAUACCUGGACGACAUGGGCUGACGGAAUCUCAUCUUGAGUCAUGAAUUAAACUAGAAUGAAAGUGAUAAUACGUUAUGUAAAUUUGUAAAUAAAUUUUCUAUAAGUUAAUGGUAUAAGAAAAAAAAGUAAUUUAUAUGAUUUAUAGAUUGUAAUUUAAAAUAA